AUGCCCGCCGCCCUAGACCCCGCCGAUGACCUCGCCGCAGCCGUCCAGCAGAUUACGCUUUCCUCGUCCGAUGCCGACUCCAUCGACCAGCUGGCCCCGCUGCUCAAGGAUGCUCGCAACGAUGGCAACCGUGCAGGCCACAUCAUCCAGGCCCUGAACCAAGUCUCGGCCGCCCGUGAGUCUGACAUCGAGCGCAUGUGCAACUCCAACCAUCAGGAAUUCGUCAACUCGGUCAACCAGCUGCUGCGCGUCAGAGAGGGCACCGUCGAUCUGACUGCCGAGAUCCUGAACCUGAGCCAGUCCAUCCAGGCCAGCACUGAGAAGCUUGCCGGCCAGAAGAAGGCCCUCGUCGACUCGAGAGGCGUGCGCCAAAACGUCGACGAAGCCACCAAAGCACUGAACGCAUGUCUCGAGGUUCUGCGGCUAGCUAACCAAGUCCACGACCUCCUUGCCAAGAAGAGUCAUUAUGCUGCUCUGCGUGCCCUGGAUGAGUUGCAGAACGUCCAUCUGCGCGAAGUCUCUCGCUACAAAAUCGCCGAGAUGAUCGAGACGUCCGUCCCGGCCACCCAGAGACUCAUCGCCGAGGCCGUCAUGACAGAUCUAAACACCUGGCUGUAUCGCAUCAGGGAGGCUUCGCAGUACAUGGGUGAAGUUGCUUUCUAUCACACCGACAUGCGCCGGACACGCCACGAGGAACGCAUCAAGGCCGACGAGUACCUCAAUAAGUUCCGCUUGAACUCGGCCAUUGAGCUUGUUGCCGAUGAAGGAGAUGAGUUUGACAUCCUCAAUGACGACGAGACAGAGAUCAAGGUCGACUUUUCACCCUUGUUCGAGGCAAUGCACAUUUACGAGACGCUGGGUCGUAGCGACGAGUUUCGUACAGAGUACGCGGCUACAAGAAGAAGGCAGAAGGAGCUACUCAUUCCAAGCUCGAUCAAUCUUCUGGAUGAAGAAGACGGCGAUUUGAGCAGCUUUUUGGAGAGUAUUGCGGGUUUCGCCAUUGUGGAGCGGACUACGAUGAGGAAGACCGAAAACCUGCGCACAACAGUUGAUGUUGACGAGCUUUGGGACUCCAUGUGCCAAAGCGCCAUCGCAUUAAUCACAAAUGCGCUGCACACUAUUGACAGUGACGAGAAGUUGCUGAGAAUCAAGGGCCGGAUCGCUCUAUUUCUCCAAACUAUGGAAAGCUGGGAGUAUUCGGUAUCUAGCAUCAAUGCUUUGCUUCUCACUCUAUUUGAGAAGUACUCGCAGCUUCUCAAGAAGCGCUUCAGUGAGGACUUCCAGGAGAUCGUGUCGACCGAUGACUACAUGCCAAUGCCAAUCCAAACUCCUGACGAGUAUGAUAAAGUGGUUAACGUCAGCUGGUACACAUCAGAAAAGCCACAGGAGGAGCUCACCUUCCCCUGCGUGCUGCCAUUCUCACAGAUGUAUCCGCUGUGCUGCAUCGAUAUCCGCAACUUCCUUAACCAGAUGUAUCUAUUCUCCGACGACAACUUCCAGCGCUCCACAGUCAUUGAUGAGACCCUUCGGAAGUCUCUGGACGACCUUCUGUGCUCGAAAGUUUGCCAGAUGCUGGUGGACCGCCUCAGCUCGCAAUAUCCUGGACAGAUCGUCCAAAUCCUUACGAACCUGGAACACUUCGAGACCGCUUGCAAGGAGCUUGAGGUUCUCCUCUUCGAAGCGCGCUCGUCGAGCGCAGCUGCUGGCCCGAUCGUUCUAAAUGCAACCGAGGCCUUCCGCGCCGGCAAGAAGACGGCCGAGAAGCGCAUCUUCGAGCUAGUCAACAGCAAGAUUGAUGACCUGAUCGAGACCGCGGAAUACGACUGGGAGUCCACCAAGCCCGCGCCCGAGGUCAGCAACUACAUGCAAGAGCUGACGCGCUACCUAUCCAACAUCAUGAACUCGGUCCUCCUCGGCCUGCCCGCCGAGAUCAAAGAGCUCAUCUACUUCGACGCGCUCUCGCACGCGGGCGCCAUGAUCCUGUCGCUCCCGCUCGACGACUCGGUCCGGCGCAUCUCGCCGGCGUCGAUCAAGACGCUGUCGCAGGACGUCGAGUUCCUGUCGUCGUUCGUCGACACGCUCGCCAACCCCAUCCUGCGCGAGAACCUCGACGAGCUGCUGCAGACGGUCACGCUCAUGCAGACGGACGACCAGCUCGAGUUCUUCGACGUCUCGCAGCGCAACCGCAAGUACGGCCGCGUCGAUCGCGAGCACGGCGCCAUCCUGCUCGAGAAGGUCACUCAGGGCCAGAGCGUCAUCGCCGACACGAGCAGGGCUGGUAAGCUCAUGAACAGGAUCGGCUUUGGUAGGGAUUGA